UGCUACUGCAGGUAUGGAGAGCACGACCGAUGAAGAGACCGCCCUUCCCGUGGUAAAGGCGAAACUCGUUGGAGUAGGAGUCGCACUCCAGGUUUUCGUUGUUGGUGACGGUGAUGAUGACGUCGCGGGUGAGGCGUCGCUCUCGUUGCACGAAGCGUCCGGAAGAACACAUGUGUUGACCACAGCAGCUGUCCAAGAACCAGGUGUUUCGCCCGGUGGGUUCGGCGUUGGCGACCGCAGCAUAUGUCGGGUUGACCUCAAGUCCUUGUGAGCGUGGCGGCGGAAGUUCUUCUUCGUCUGAUGUGGAAGAGCGCCUUGGAGGGCUUUCUUGAGUGGAGGCGACGUGUGGGUCUACUGGAUGAUAAACACGAGGACGUGUGCAGUUGACCUUGGAAUGUCCGGAAGUCUGACAGUUGUGACAGAACGGUGGCACGAAGGUCCAUCUCCUGUUGUUUAGCGUGAAGCUCGGCGCAGAGGUGCAUCUCCGAUAUCCUUCCGUGGGCGCGAAGAAGCGAGCGUGUGGUUCUCCAUUCUGGCCCGAGCCCGGCGAGGACAAGCGUCACGAAGCUUUCUUCAGUGAUUGUUCCUCCGCACCGAAGCAAGCGGUCGCGGAGGGUCUGGCAGCGACUCAUAUACUGCAUCGCCUUUUCCCCGGUCUUCAUCUGUAUUGUUGUCAGUUGUUGCAUGAGUCUGCUUUGUGUCACGCUGUCGUUUGCUUGAUAGAGACACUUGAGAUGAUGCCAUGCGAGUUCCGCGGAGUUUCCAUAGCUGCGAUAUGUUCUGAUGCUCUGCUGUUCUUGUGGUGACAGGUUCCGCAGGAGAACUGUGUACGCCAGCAGCGACUGAUAAGUAAAUAUCUCUUGCUCCUUUGCAGUGCCGUUGCUUGGGAAUGGCAGGGACCCGUUGAAGUAUCCCAAGAGAUGCGCAGCCUCCAUCAGCAGCUCGAACUCAAAGCUCCAGCUGCUGUUGGUUGGGCACGGGGCGGCAUGAACUCGAAUGUCCCCGGUGAAGAGUGAUAAGGCGCAAAGGCGUCCUUCGCAGAGCAGAUGCUGGAGAUGCAGUUCAAGUGCUCCAAGAUGGGUGAGGCGAAGUACUACUUGGGGAUGCACGUGGAGAGAGAUGUGGAAAAGGGUGUGCUGAGGUUGCACCAGAGGAAGUACUGUGAGGGGCUGGCUGAGAAGUAUG